AUGCCUGACGAGGCUUUCCACGAGCUCGAUCCAGAUGGCGACGUUGUGCUCACCCUACGGAAUCCAAACGCGCCGUUUGCUGAUUGGAACAUGUCUGCAGAAGCCAGCUUCCACAAACUGAAUUUGCGAAGUGUGCUUUUCUGGUCGGAUUGGGACCAGCCCAUCUCUUCGGAACGAGAGCCCGAAAAAGAUGAAACUUUCUGGGCCGCUAUUUCUACUGCAAACAAGAAGGAGAAAGACAUCGACGACGUAGCGCAGUCCAAAAAAACGAAAAAGAAAAAGAUGAAGAGAAUGGCGAAGAAGACGGCACAGGAGAGUAGCCAAAGCUUGGACCACGGCAUCUCUCUCGCCACAGAACACGCCACGGAACACGCCACGGAUUCGGAGGCACUUGCAGUCGGACCCCCUUCAGUCGAUGAUUCGGAGCAAGUGACGAUGCCAGUACCCCUAAAGUUCUGCACCUCCACGGACGGGGAGUCUCCUAACCACAAAACACCCCUUCAGGACGACGUCGUGUUGGAACCGGAGGUUUCAUUCCUGGUCUCCUCCCGGCACCUUUCCCUAGCGUCGGACUACUUCAAGACUCAGCUCAGCAGCCGUUGGAGGAAGGCUACAACCAUCCGACUGGAUGGCCGUUGCCAAUUUGAUGCGUCGGACUGGGACGUCGAUGCUCUGCUUCUUUUGUUGCGGAUUAUUCACGGAAGAACCAAAGAAAUUCCUCGCCGUGUUGAUCUUGAGACUCUGGCAAAAGUUGCAGUCCUGAUCGACUACUACAAAUGUCACGACGCAAUUGCGUUCUUCUCGGACAUGUGGGUCGAAGCCCUGAAGCCUCAACUCCCAUCUGAGUGUAACCGUGAGUUGGUGCUUUGGCUCUCGAUCUCCAUCAUCCUUCAGCAGGACACUGUAUUCCAAGCCGUCACCAAGACAGCCGUGCAAAAGAGCAAGGGCCCUAUCCCAACACUCGAGUUGCCCAUCCCGCCACGUCUUGUUGAAGCUAUUGACUGGCGCCGACAGGACGGGAUCAACUCUAUAUCCAAGGUGCUCGCCAACCUGUUGUCAUCACUGUGUCGUGGAUCAGCGGGGUGCAGCUUUGAGUGUUCUGCCUUUCUUCUUGGCAGCCUUACGAAGAAUAUGCGUGACCAUCAACUCCUGUAUCCGACACCACAAGAACCAUACCUUGGCUAUGAGCUGGCCGCGGUUGAGGAGGGGUUGCGUGAGUUUCGCUCGACUAGUGGAUACUCCCCGGGCUUUUAUCACAAAUGCUCCUGCAACCUCACGCAGAUGAUUGAGGGGCGUCUCUACCCAGGCAUCAACCGGAGUAAGGAGGGGUUCGGUCUGAGUGAUCCAGAUGUUGAACUCGUACAAUUUUGUUCGUAG